UGGUACUUUUCCUCUUUUGUGCUCGCAGCUGCUGUCAAACGCAACUUGUGCUGUGCUGUUGUUGUUGUGCUGGAAUUUUGCGUCCUUGCUUAGAAGCAUCGCUGUUGUUUUGCUGCUGCUGUAGUUUUUAAAAAACUGUGCACCGGAAACCACUGUACAGCAUGGAGGAAGCGGCCAACACUUCCACCGAAACGAUAAUGGUGAUGGGUGCGCCAACACAGCAGCACGACUUCAAAUGGACGCACGAGCGGUGCAUGCUGCUGUUGCACGAGUACGAUCUGCUGAAGGACAAAUUUAAGGAUCGCAAGCACAAGAAGAAGGACCUGUGGGCGGAGAUCAGCAUGAAGUUUAAAAAGAUCUACGCGUACGAUCUCGAGUGGGACGUAGCGUACAAAAAGUUUCGGAAUCUCAAACAAACGUUCGAACAGGUGAGAGCCAAACUGCAACAGCAAGCCAUUACCGGACAGCAUAGCAAUCGUCCAAAAUGGCCGUACUUUGAAAAGUUUCAACAAAUACUUGACGAUCCUGUUGGGCCAUCGUACAGCUAUUCCGAUCCUCUUCAGCAACCGCAGCAGCAGCAGCAGCAACAGCAACAGCAUCUUCACCAUCUCAGUGACGAGCAGGACGACGAUCAUAAUCAUCAUAAUCAUCACCAUCAUCAUCAUCAUCACCAUCACCACAAGCAUCAAUCGCACAUGCAUCCGCAUCUUGAUCCACCUACCGUUGACCAGGUGCUGGUCGGUGAAGAUUUCUCGGACGGGCUCGUGACCGUUUUUCCGAUGAAUGAAGAGCUCGAAAUACCUGCCCAACCUGCCGAUGACAGUGUGGACGAAGAGAACGUGGACCAGAAAGAGAUCGUCGUCCAAACAGCCAUUGGUGAGGAGGACGAGGAGAAGGAGGGAGAACCGGAAGCGGAACAGAACCAAGCAGAGGAAUGUUUGGAGGAGGAAGAGGAAGCACUCGUAGACCAGCCGAGUGAAGAGGUGCUGGAGGAAACGCCACAUCGGAAGCGAUUUCGGCGGCUCAGCAUGUACGAACAGGAGCGGUUAAUGAUCGAGCGUGAAAAGUUGGUCACACUGCGCGAGAUACAGCGUGGCAUCGAGUGUAAAAACGACAUACUGCGCGGCAUAUUGCACGUGCUGCAGGCCCGCGUAUGGCAGGCGCAUCCGGCGAUGGAUUGACGAGUUUCUGUUGAAGCUGUAAUCAGUUUCGUGGUGUAUAGUACAAAUGAGCGAAAGCGGAGAACAUUUGAGGGAAGGGUACGCAGCGACCCAGCGAUCACAUUGUGUAAAUGUGCGUAUUGUAAGUAGUUUUAUUUAAAAAAAUAUAUUCUAUUAUCUACACA